AUGGGAUUUUUCUAUAGCGAUGACAUCACAAUUACAAACAACAAUGUGAAGGAGAUACUGUAUGCAGCUGAUAAGUAUAUGUUAGCUGCAGGAAAGAGGAAAUGUGAGACAGUUCUUAAACAAACGGCACAAUCAGAGCAUGCGACAAAAACAUUACAAACAGCAUACCAAUACCAUCUGUCAGAUCUCAAAAAAGAAAGCUUAGACUAUAUAGAGAUGAAUACAAAGGCGUGUCUUCUGUCAGAACAUGCGGUAAACCUUUCCAAAGAUUGCUUGGAGCUGAUUUUGAAAUCAGAUUUUCUAGACUGCACUGAAACAGACAUCUGUCAGUUUAUUCUAAAAUGGGGUAAACAUCAGUGUGAGCUGGCAAAGUUAGAGCCAUCUGGUGGAAAUAUUCGGGAAUCUCUUGGAAAUAUUCUGUAUCUGAUAAGAUUCCCAAAUGUUGAAAUGAAAUUCUUUUCAAAAUCCGUUGCUAACUCUUGUAUACUCACGAGUGACGAAAUGGUAUCUAUCUAUCAGUCCCAUUUCGGUGAAACAUCAAAAGCCUUUCCACACAGUUUGAGAGCUCCUGUAUCUAAACGUCAAACCUAUAGUAUCAUUCGAUAUGGACAGAUUACAGGUCCUAUGGCGACAUCGGGAAUACAGUCUCUUACAUUUUUUUCAAAUAAAGAGAUUUGGCUAAAGGGAGUAAAUAUUUUUCCACCGUUUGUUCGACGUGGCAGGUAUAUAAUACCUUAUGAUAUUCCUGGUACUGUGAACAUAAACAUAAAAGUAAUGAAUGAUUCUGAAGAGGAAAUUCAACAGCAAGAAAACAUAAACGUUGUACAAAAUAACGAAGUUCGACAGAUUGACUUUUGUAAACCUGUUCAUGUAAUUUCUAUGCGAGAUUAUACAAUUGUAUUGGAUGGGAUGACACACCAGAUUUAUUAUGGAACAGACUGUCAGGAUUCUGUCACAGACCAGCAAUCUGGGGUGACUAUAAAAUUCAAGAAUUCACCAGCUCAUGAAAAUGGAACAGAUAUCAAAACUGGUCAGUUUUGCAGGUCUUUUAUUCAGUGUUUAAAUUGGUUCUUAUUUUUAUGA